AAGAAAGCAUUAGAAGAUAAAUUUAAUUUAAUUUAAUUUAAUUUUUAAUUUAGGAACAUUUUAGAAUAGAUUUCAGGAGAUUAUAUUUAGAUAUUUAAUUUUUAUAUUUUAUUCAUUAUUUUAUUUUAUUUAGAUUUUAUUCAGUAUUUUAUUCAUAUAUAGAUUUUGGGAUAUUUUAUUCAAUUAUCUAGUUAUUUUGAUUUCAUUUAAUAUUUUGAAUUGUAUUUGGCUUUAUAUAUAUAUAUAUAUAUAUGACUAACAAUUCUAAUGCUAGCAUAUCAAUAAUAAAUUAGUAUUUAAAUCCUUUGAAAAUCCUCCUAAACAUGAUUAUUGAGAGAAAUAUAAAGCACAAUUGUUAUUUUAUAUCAUCUUAAUAAAUUUAUUUUCCUCAUUUUCUUUCAUUAUUUUGAGCACUUAACAAAAACGUCGACGUGUUUGGCUGUUCUUAGGCUUUUUGAAUGUGAUUUAUUUGGGUGUGAGUUUCAUAUAAUAAUCUUCACACGUUUUUUAAUUUCUCUCAUUGCUUAGAAAAUAUAGAGACUGAACUCUGGAUUCUUUUAGACUUUGUGGUGCUCAGUGUGAAAAUUUUGCUACCUUAUUCUCUAAUGUCUAUGCUGAAAUGGGUCACUUCUCCCGAUUAUCAUCGAUAUAUCCAUAAUAUAUGUAUAAUAUAAUAUAAAGCAUGAAUGCGCUGUCGUUAUCCAAGUAAUAUAUUGUUAUUAUGAUGUUAUUUUUGUGCUAAAAGUUUUAUUAUAUUUUUUAGACCUGAAAAGGAUUAAUUGCACACUCGCAUAAACAAAAUUGAACGAUAUCAGGAAAGAAAUCAUGAGCAAUUAUACUUUGCUUCUGUAACUAUGUGAGAUGCUGUACUAGUGUUUUAGAAUCAAAAUAUACCCUAACCGAAGGACACUGGCAAGCCAGACGGACAGUAGAGGAUAACGUCAUAUCUCAAAAAGUCUCAUAACUGCAGAAGCAUCUUCAGCUAUUUGAGUAAAAAUCUUACUCAGCAUGUGGAGGCUCUACGUUUGCUGGGCUUUAGCCCUCUUUCCAAAUCUUACUCAGAGCGAAGAUACCCAGAACCACAUCCAAUCAAUCACUUUCAAACAUGUCAUCCCUCUCUGCGGCUGUAACCUCAACCAAAAAAGAAAAUAUUCCAUGGCGACCCAGUUCAUUUUUCAUUGUAGGCCUUAACAACUCAUGACUACUUUUGUUGUUGCUUUAUCCUGCAAGUCCAGGCAGUAAUGUAAGAUAAAGGAACACACUUGCAGCUGAGAGAAUCAGAUUUGAUACAGCAGAAAGCCAGAUACCCAGAAGAAGGGAAAACACAUGAUGGCAAGGUUUGCUAUUUGACGUUCGAAUCGAACUAUGACAUCAUGCAAUAAGAUCGAGAUUUGAAGCGGUAAGUUUCAGGUGACUUUGGGGUGGCUCGACAAGACAGCCGCAUAGGACGGCGCUGUCACUUUGUAUUUUUAUUGUCUGCGAAGUCUGUUCGUUGGGUAUUUCUUUCAUCAUUUCUUCACAAAAUGGCUGCAUGAGCCAUCAUUUGGAACUUUAAUCCUUUUUUCACCACACCUCUAUAAAUUUGAACAUUAUUCUCCCUCAACUUGCAUUGCAUGUAAAUCUCUCAGUUCCCACUGCUCUCUCUCUGGGACUAGUACUCUCUGCUAUGGCGUCAAAAUCCAUCUUCGCUUGUAUUAUAUUACUGAUUCUUCUGUGCUUGCUCCUGAUGAGGGAGCCUUCUUCUGAUUGCAGCUCUGUGCAUGGAUGCUCUGGUGGUAAUGCAGCUGGAUUCAAGGAGACUGGGAAUAGGAAGGUGCUGGCUGCUUUGAGGGCAAAGAAAGCAGCUUUGCCUGGCCAUGGAGGGUCAUUGAGCAGUAAGUAUGUUGAAAAUUCUGCGAGUUCGGAGUUAAGGAAGGUUCCUUCGGGUCCAGACCCUCUGCAUCAUAACGGUGGCAGCCCCCAUAAGCCUAAGACCCCUUAGAUUUACUGAAGGAACUGUUCUCUGUGGCUCUUAGCUUGUCCUUGUCUGUCUGUCUGUUUUGUUUUGUUUUUUGGUUGCUGAUAUUUUAAGAUGUCUCCGUCUAAGUUAUCUAGUUUAAUAUGAGAAAGCAUGUAUAGUUUGUCGCGCCCUCGCUUCUGUUUGUCAAGUAUGCAACAAAUUUCUUAUCAAAAUCGAAUUGAGUUAGACAUUUGUGCU